AUGGCGGUACUAGCCGCGGCUCAGCUGCUCGACGAGUUAAUGGGUAGACAUCGGAAUACAAAUCCUAAUGAAAAAAUCAAGAAGCCAAAUUGGGAAGAUCCUGAGUACUGUAAAUAUUACAUGGUGAAGUUUUGUCCACAUGAUUUGUUUGUAAAUACUAGAGCAGAUCUCGGAGUUUGCCCUAAAGUGCAUGAUGAUGAAGUUAAAGUGUUGUUUGAUAAAUGUGAGGUGUCAUAUAAGAAAGCACAAUAUGUUGAAGAAUUCCUACGCUUUUGUCGCCACAUGAUCAAUGAUGUAGAAAGAAAAAUACAAAAAGGUAAACAGAGGUUAGAACUAAUGAAUUCAAAACCUGAGGGUCCUCCAAUGACUCAAGCCCAAACAGAAAAAAAUCAAGAACAGGUGCAAUUGCUAUCAGAAAAAAUUACUGCUUUGGUCCAAGAAGCUGAAGAAGCAGGGACAAGAGGAGAUGUUGAACAAGCACAAGGGCUGAUGAAACUCUGUGACAGGCUGAAGGAAGAAAAGGAACAGUUACUUAAACAACAAGAGAACAGCCACUGGUCCAUGACAGCUGAACUAGCGGCAGCGCAAGAAAAACAAAUGGAAGUAUGUCCAGUGUGCGGCGCGUUCUUGAUCGUUGGCGACGCGCAACAACGUAUCGACGACCAUCUUUCUGGGAAACAACAUGUUGGAUACUUUAAGCUUCGUCAAGCCUACGAAGAAAUGAUCGAAUCGCGUGAAAAAGAACAACAAGAAAAAGAACGAAGGCGUAGGGAGGAAAGAGAAAGAGAUCGUAGUGCUCGGAGUGGGGGUCUCGGGUCUGAUCGGCGCGAUCGUGAGCGUAUGGAGCGUGACCGCGAACGUGAUAGAGAUCGUAGCGAUCGUGGUGAUAGAGAUCGUGAACGGGAAAAAGAACGAGAAAAAGAUAGGGAUAAGGAUAGAGAAAAGGACAGAGAUAGGGAACGGGAUAGAGACAGGGAAAGUCAUCGCACCCGCGAGAAGUCGAGCCGCCAUGAGGACCGCGAUAGGGAACGGGAGCGCGAUCGUGACAAGGACAGGGAUCGCGAGCGCGACCGCAAGCACCGCAAGGAGAGAAGAUCAUCUCACGAGCGCUCGCGGCGACGUUCGCGCGACCGCCACUAG